AAGACGGAAAGAAAAUUGCACACUGCCUACCGCGCGUGCUUGUCGCGUUUUGGAUUUAAUUUUUAUCGUUCCAAAUUUCGGAUGACUUGUGACGAAAAUAGUGUAGUGAAAAUGACAUUGUUAAUUCGGUAAACCCAUAAGCAAAUCCUACUUUUCAAACUACAAUCUGGUUAUAUUUUGUGUUGUGUCAGUAUUGAUAGAGUAUUAUGAACUUUGAGGACUAUGAAACCCUACCGACCCAGAACCCCAUCACCCAUAUGACGGCCGGCGCCAUCGCGGGCGUGAUGGAGCACUGCAUCAUGUAUCCGCUGGACUCGGUGAAGACACGGAUGCAGUCGCUACGCAGCGCCCAUAACACCACCAUCGUCGAGACCUUUCGGCACAUGGUGCGCCGUGAAGGGCUGCUUAGGCCGGUGCGCGGCAUGUCAGCGGUGGUGGCGGGCGCGGGCCCGGCGCACGCGUGUUUCUUCGCCACCUACGAGCACGCCAAGCACUCGCUGCAGACGCUCACGCGGCACCGCCACGACCACCUCACACACGGUUUCUCCGGUUGUCUCGCGUCGCUCGUGCACGACGCCGUCUCCAACCCCGCUGAAGUGGUGAAGCAGCGGUUACAGAUGCUACACUCGCCGUACCGCGGCGUGUGGGAAUGCGCACGCGGCGUGUACCGCGCCGAGGGGCUGCGCGCGUUCUACCGCUCGUACAGCACGCAGGUGGCCAUGAACGUGCCGUUCCAGGCCGUGCACUUCGUGGCCUACGAGUGGGCGCAGACGAAGCUCAACCCCGCGAGGCGCUACUCGCCCGCCGCCCACGCGCUGGCCGGCGCCGCCGCGGGCGCGCUGGCCGCCGCCGCCACCACGCCGCUGGACGUCUGCAAGACCGUGCUCAACACGCAGGCUUCGUCAGGAGACCGAGUUAGAGAAAUGAGCAGGAUGCACCAAACCAUUACCGAAAAAGAAGGAAUAUAUGAGAGAUUGCCAAAGCUCAAUGCCACGAUCAAAGCUCAAUUUUAUAGUAAAUAAAAUUGAAUUCUUGGA